AUGGAUGCUUCAGGCUUUUCAUUUAGCCCUUUUUCUUUCUUCUCCAGUACCAACAAUUCUCACAAAGAAAUUGAGCCAUUUGACUUCUUUAAGGAAAAAAAUGAAAUGGAUCAAGUGGAUCUCAAAAACCCUAAUCCAGGCCAUGAAGAAGAAGAGGACGCCAUUAAUGUUUCCUUGCACAUUGGCCCUCCAAACUGCACCAAUUGCUCUUUGAAUUCAAGUGAUCAAGGCAGUAAAGCUGCAAAUUUAGCUGCAGAAACCCAAUAUUGGAUACCAACUUCUGAACAAAUCCUGGUUGGCUUCACUCAUUUUUCUUGUCACAUAUGCCAAAAGACCUUCAAUCGCUACAAUAAUCUUCAGAUGCAUAUGUGGGGUCAUGGUUCGGAAUAUCGCAGAGGGCCUGAAUCUCUUAAGGGAGCGAAACCGCGAGCCAUGCUAGGUAUUCCAUGCUAUUGCUGUGAAGAAGGGUGCAAGAACAACAUAAACACCCCGAGGGCCAAACCGCUCAAGGAUUUUAGGACCCUACAAACACAUUACAAGAGAAAACAUGGGAUGAAGCAAUUUGCAUGUCGAAAAUGUGGCAAGUGCUUGGCUGUUAAAGGUGAUUGGCGAACCCAUGAAAAGAAUUGUGGCAGACGCUGGCUUUGCAUUUGCGGGUCUGAUUUCAAGCACAAAAGGUCACUGAAAGACCAUAUUGCAUCUUUUGGGUCGGGUCAUGAACCUGCUGCUGCUUCUUCUUCUUCGUUUGAUGGUAUUGAUGUAUAUUAG